AAUUCCUAGAAUAUAUUGAGAUUCAAUUUGCCUAUGCUGAAAAUGAUUUUCAAUUUGAGGAAAAGUUAACAAAAUUUUUAAGUCAUGUCCUAAAAGAGCUUGCAAGUCCUCAUGAAAUUGCGCGAAAAAAAGGUAAGACUAUUAAAAUGAUGAUAUCAGAUAUGGCAUUCAUGAUUUAUGCCAUGGAGAUACUUAAUCACAUAAAAAAAAGAAUGACAAAAGCUAUUAAGCUUCCAUGGAAUUUGCUUGCUGAGCUUGUUUAUUCUGAAAAUUUUAUGCGUUCUGCUUUGGUUAAGAAUUUUACAAUUGUAUUUUUUAAAAUGGCUUACGAUUGUCUAACUGAAAAGAAGAAAGGUGCGGACUUUAUUCAAUGGAUUACUAGGAAGGCUGACACUUCAAUAGUAGAGCUAAUUGGAAAAGUGCUUUUAUUUAGCUUAUUGAAAAUCAUUAAAGAGACCAGAAUUGAAAAUUUUAAUAAUUUAAUGAGAGAAGAAGGAAUAAAUCAAACACUUUCGUUCAAGCCUUUUUAUGGUUCGCCAGACUUGUCAAUUGAAAAUUCCGAGGAAGAUAAUGAAAAUUUGAAAGUAAUUGUAAUUAAAUUUCGUGAGCUUGAUCAACUUGAUCAAUUUAGCCAAUGGAUGAAUGAGGAAAACGUACAGGAAAUAAUAAAUAUUUUAGAGGAAAGCAAUGAUGAGCAACCGAAUAUUGCGAUUAACGAUAAUUUCAAAUUAAGUGAUGUGAUUAACGAUAAAGAUAAUUACUCUAAAGAAAUUUAUACUGAUCAGUUUUAUAAGUUUACUACUUCCCAAUCAAUUAUUAAUCAUUUGGAAAGUAAUGAAGAUUCGUUAAUUAUCAAUUUUAGAGAAUUUAGUUAA